AUGUCAGUCGUCAGUCAGUUACUCACUUUGGUAAUGAAUAAGGAAGAGGCACAAGCAGUUAAACGGUUACGUAGCGAGAACAGCGACCUUUUGACGGCAAAAUACAAUACCGACUUUAACCUACUACGAUGGGCUCAGGGCUAUGGUUUCGAUAUGGAGGAGGCUUCGGCUCAACUUCGACGUCAUUUAAAGUUUAGAAAAUUUUACGAUCUCGACCAUUCGGAUCAAGUUCCCGAACAUCAAAUUCUCAAACAGUAUUUCCCUAUUGGACUCGUUGGUAAAACAGGUAUGGAUAAUACCCUGUUGGUGAUCGAAUGUGCUGGACGAAUCGAUUUGGUGGGAAUUCUGAAAUCGGUCCAGUUGUCCGAUUUUCUUAUUCAACGAUUUCGUCUACAAGAGAAAAUGCUGGCCGCACUCAAUGAACUUGAAGCGAAAACUGGCAAGCAGGCAUCCGUCAUCUACAUACUCGAUCUGGAUGGGCUCAAGUUCGACACUUCCCUCUUGAGUAUUGUUACAGGUAGAAAUAAUGACCCCAUUCGGUUUGGAAAUGUUUUCCCAAAGGCAAUCGGCCCUUUACUGCCGGAAAGAACUCGGAAUAAGGUUCAGCUUUGCACGACCAACAGCGACUGGAAGAGUCAAAUUCAAAAGGUCGCCAAGCCAGAGAACAUUCCGGCUCACUGGGGUGGGAAGCUGUAUGAUUCGAAUGGCGAUGGUAUGUGCCGCGAUCGCUUGAAUAUCCCAUUCGACCCAAUUCCUCACGAAUUGUACUGGGAACCUGAUGAGCGAGCUCCUGGUCUCAAAGACCUCACCUGUGCGGUGAUACCGGCCGGUAAAGCAAAAAUCGUCACAUACGUCGUCUCUUCUCAUGAGCCCACCUACAUCGUCGUCAACAGAUUCUGUGACCGGACUUUUGGCAUGGGCAUCUGGUUCAACUGGUUCCCAGACUUCGAUUAUCCUGGAAUGCCCACUGUCGACUAUCUGCGAAUUAAAACCCUCGGUGCCGGUGUGUAUAAAGUGAAGUACGGUAAUGAACAGGCUUGGGUACGGUCGUUGACCGUCUACUACAGAAUCCAAUUCGAAAAGGAAAACGGCGAAUUGGCCGAUUUCAAAGAACUUGAGUGA